AUGGGUGUUGGUAAUUCUAGAGAACGUUAUGGAUAUAAUCAAAUAUAUCGAUCUCCAAUACGACAAAAUAUUGUUCAUCGUGAAAAAAGACGUAUAAGAAGUCCAUUACGAAGAAUAAGAGCAGCUCCAACAGCACAACCUGUUAGACGAUUUCAAUAUUCUCCACAUCAAUUUCCAUAUGGUUCACACCAUUUUGUUCCACCAAUAUCUGCCUAUUCAAAACCUUCGCCACCAUUUCAAUAUAAUUUGCCAAAACCUUACAAUAAUUAUGGUGGUUAUUCUUACAAUAAUUAUGCUGGCUAUCUUAAUAAUAAUUAUGCUGGCUACCUUAACAAUAGUUAUGCUGCUUAUCCUUACACACCACCAAAGCCACCUCUGAUGAUACCGUCACCACCACCACCACCAGUUCCACCUAUGUUGAUAUCACCAACACAAAAGAUUCCACCUAUGGUAAUACCACCGCCACAACGAAUUCAACCUUUGGUACCACCACAGCAACUACCACAAUUUCCACCUAUUAUGUUACCACAACAAGUAUCGGAACCUCAACCUAUGAUGAUGCCUCAACAAAUAGCACCAUCGAUAUCCUCACCGUAUGUAUCUUCUCCUUAUCCUAUGAGUAUGCCGAUGCCACCAACACCAUAUCCACAACAACAGCCACAAGCUCAACCUAUUAUAAAUAACAUAGGAAUUUCUCCUCCGAUAUCUCCAGUUAUGGCAAAUCCAAUCAUGCCAAGUCCUGUACCAUUUCAAGGAAGGACUGUAAAUGCUUUUACAGAUUGGACAGGGGGUGGAAAAAUUUCUCCUGGUUUUCUUGGACCACCUAUUUAA